AUGGAAGCCUCGUAUUCCCUGCCGUCGUCGGCGUUGCCGCACGCUCACCGGGCUCACACUCAGCCGGCAUCGCUCAACACCUGGCGGAUGACGGUGUCGAGCGAGAGCCUGCCCUCGCAGCUGGAGGACGACGAGCACCGGGGCCGGGAUCACGAUCACGAUCACGAUCACGAUCACGACCAUGACCAUGACCAUGACCAUGACCAUGAUCACGACCACAAUUACGACCAUAGCCACUCCCAUUCCCACUCUCUACCGCGCUCGCAGGUCCGCUAUACACCAGAAGUAAUUGACGAAUCGGUUCACGAUGACCAUGACCACGACCACGACCAUAGCCAUGAUCAUGUCCGCAGCCAUUCUCAUUCUCAUGCCCACAACCACUCUCACUCCCAUUCCCACUCUCAUGAUCAUAGCCACGACCAUGGUCAUAAUCAUAAACAUGACCAUGACCACCAUGGCCAUGAUCACAGCCAUGAGGUCGGCCACAACCAUAGUGCCGAGCGGUCUCUCUUUACCAAAGCAAUCCUUCCCUACACUGUUGGAUGGCCUAUUCUUUAUUCUAUAGUAGCGGAGAAAGAUUCAAGGCGGAUUUUUUACUUCAUGUCGCUCAACUUUGGCUUCAUGAUUAUUCAAGCCUUUUAUGGCUACGUGACCGAUUCGCUGGGCCUUCUCAGUGAUAGUAUUCACAUGUUUUUCGACUGCGUUGCCCUGCUCGUGGGAUUGCUAGCGGCCGUCAUGAGCAAAUGGCCAAAGAGCCAACGGUUCCCAUACGGCUUCGGAAAAGUCGAAACGCUGAGCGGAUUCGCCAAUGGCAUUCUGUUAAUGCUCCUCAGUGUUGAAAUUGCGUUCGAGGCGUUCGAGCGGUUGUGGGAAGGGACACAAACAAAACGACUUGGCGAGCUCUUCAUUGUCAGUAGCCUUGGCUUGGCUGUGAAUCUGGUUGGCAUGAUGGCGUUUGGACACCACCAUCACGGCCACGACCAUGGACAUGGACACAGCCAUGGGCAUUCUCACGGUGAAAAGCAUGACCAUGGAUGCAGCUCAGGCCACAGCCACAGCCAUGGUCAUGAUCAUGGCCAUGACAACGAAAAUAUGCGGGGUAUCUACCUGCAUGUUUUGGCAGACACUUUGGGUAGCGUCUCAGUCAUUGUAUCUACAGUUUUGACGAGCUUCUGGGGCUGGGCAGGAUGGGAUCCGCUGGCUUCCUGCUUCAUUGCGGGUCUCAUCUUUUUGUCUGCGCAGCCACUUGUGUUUUCAUCAGCGAGGCGCUUGCUUUUGACCGUUCCAGAGGGUGUCGAGUAUAACCUGCGGAACAUUCUUGCCGGUAUUGGACAGCAGCGAGGCGUUGUGAGCUACUCAACUCCGAAAUUUUGGAUGGAUGAUCACGGAGGCGAUCAGUUAUUGGGUAUUGUUCAUGUCACGGUGGCCCGCGGCGCUGCCCUGGAGGAGACCAAGGACCGUGUUCGGGAGUACCUGUUGAAAGAGGGCAUUGAUGCCGUUAUACAAGUGGAAAGAGACGGAGAUAAUGGGUGUUGGUGUACUCGAGGACGAGCUUUAACCAACCCGCCGCAGAUGUCCAAGCAAUUUUAG